CACCGGUUGUCUGUGAGCCCGCAUUCUUCUUCCGAGUAACCAACCUUAUGACCUGUGUGAGCCUCACGUGGGCGUCCGCUUGUCAUUCUACGUAACUCAUCCGGCCUUCCUUAGCGUGUGCCCGUUAUAUCUAAUCUCCGUGCGAGCAACCCAUCCACAGUUCAUCUUACCUUCUCUCGCUCCGGCUACGAAUCUUCUUGCUCUCUCGAUCACACCUCAAAACCCCAACCUGUCUCACCCUCCACGCCCAGCUGCCGCGCCCCGCUCGACCGCCCCCGCUUCCUCUCCGACCCCAAAGCGCGAAGCCAAUGUCCAUAGCAGGUUGAAAGAGCGAAAACGAUCCACCUCUCCACACGUCUCAAGUGCCGAUCCAUACUUUCGAACGAGCCAGCCAACCACCACCACCACCACCAUCGCCACCACCUCCACCCCCCCCGUACACGCAGACACGAUACGGUAACCACGCGCGAUUGCCUCCAUGGACGGGGAUCGCAAGCUGGUGCAGACGUUACUGGAGCGGCUCUCGGCGAGGCUUCCAAAUCGGACUGGGGAUGACUUGAAUGAUGUUCGACGUGAUGAGGUUGUGGCGCUGUCGCGUCGCACCAUGAUUGAGAUAGCAAAGUCGCAGCUCGACAUACUGGUAGCGGCUAUUGUGAAUCAAUUGGAGAGCAUAUCGAGGCCAUACGAGCAGCUUUCGCCGAGGAACCGACCGCAACUCGUGCUCCUGACCCAGACGUACCUGGUGGAGCUUUUGGCCGACUGUACGGCUGCGAAUUGGGAUGCCGCCGAUGCGUCGCGAAAACCGGAGACCCCAAACAACGAUGCCACAGCCAACGGGGGAUUGCCGCCGCGAAGAUCCAGACGACGAGACGUUGAUCCGCCACCAUUGGACGAAGGGCAGGCCAGAUAUACUAUGGAACUGCUGUUGAAGUUAACGUCGAGCCCCAAUGUCGACGAGCUACAAGUGGGGAAGGGGGCCCAAGCCGAGGAGCGAAGCUUAGAUGGACUUCCAAAGAAACCGAACGAGCUGGACAAGGCCACGUUCAAAGUUAUCGAAUUCUUGAGUGCCUCCAAUUGGCCGCUUGUAUACCAGACCAUGAGAUCGAAACUGAAGACAUUGCGGCAAAGCGCGGAAGACCUGGAUGCUAGCGGACUGCAGUUCAUAGCUCACCUGUCACUCAACCAGAAGAAGCUUUCUUUGGUGCUCCAGGAGAUCAGUAACAGUUUCCUGCCUUUACGGAAAUCAUCCCAGAAUAUGCUUGCUGCGCUGUUACCGGAGGCAAUCCAUAGAUGGAUCGAUUCGCACCCUAGGGAUUUUGUACAGUUGCACCAAUCGCAGCAACGACUCGAAGGCGGAGCGGAUGUGUUGUUCGAUUUUGCGGGCUCGUUGACCGACGGCACAAAACGGAGGGCCGUCAUCUGGCCAUUACAGACGGCCCUAGUUCUCCUACUUCCAGAAGUCUUUGUCCAUGCAGACAUGAGUGGAUCGCAGCGCGGCAGUUCUCUAGCGAAAAAGAUUGUGUUCCUGAAUAACUUGCGACAAGCCCUACGGCAGCUCAAGUCUGCAGAUAUAGCAGCUUCAUGCCUUAUUACCAUAUGUCGGGCUGGAAGUUUAUUCGCCAACGACACCGAUAGCGCCCUGUUGAGCUUCGCACUGGAUAUCCAGAACGACAUGAGGGAAGAGAUUUUCAAGAAACCUUCCCCUGGCCCACCGGCGAUGGAUGACAGUAUGGAUCGAGACGUCUUGAUAAAGGCAUUCGUCAGCUUGGCAAGGCUAUCGCCCGAUCUGGUGGUGGAGCAUCUGGUCCCGAGGUGCUUGGACAAGAACUCUCCGAUGUCGUUCAAGAUCACCGUCUUUGCCGGUGCCGCAGUCCUUGCGAGUCAGCCGAAACCGGAGCAGUACUCGCUGCUAUUCGAAGCCAUUGCGCCGGACCUGAGAGAAUACCUCCAUGGCAUAUCUAGUAUGCGAAAGGCUGUGAGCGCUGGCAGCGCUCCGUUCAACAACGGAGCGAUCAUGGAAAAGAUGCGCCACAAGAACAUAUCCACAGACAGCAUUGGGUCCGUCGAGCUCCUCUAUCAGUUGCUUGAGCUACUCAAAAUCCGUCCGUUACUCCUCUACGAGAGCCUUCACGCCUACGGAGAGAAGUGGGAUCAAAUGCUCGAAAAAUCGAUUGAUUCUAUUCUCAAGUUGAUCUGUGAUGACGACGAAUUUGUACGAAACUCUACUGUCAUCUUCGCCCGGAGGCUGUUGUCACCAGAAGCAUUCCGGGUUGCGACGCACAUGGAGGGUCAUCAGGAAAACGAUGACAAAGUGCUCGAGUUCUUCUGGAGGGGAACAUCCGCGAUUGUAGCAACGCUCUCUAAAAAGCUAUUGGACUUCGAUUUCCGUGACCCGGGCCUCAAGAGCAUGCUGGAACUAGUUCACGGUUACCUCGAGACGCGGGUCAACAUCAUACAGUCUCGGAAGGUACUAAAAACUGCCGCCAGUGCCGCUAAUGGUGACGAGGAUGACUUACCUUUUAGUCAGGAUUUCACCAUUGGUGUUUCUGACAUUCCUGAAAGAAUCAAGGCCAAUGUGUCGCUGGAAAUAUCUUUUCUGGUUCUCCUUUGUUCCAGUGACUUGGACAUCUGCUCGGUCACAACACAUGCGAUCGCUUUGCUCUGCGAAGAGGGCCGGUUGACCGAGAACCCGGAGGAUCUAGCCAGGUCAAACCUGACGCUGAUGAGGAAUUUCCCGGUUUAUUCAGAACUUUCGCUACAGACAUUCCGGAUCACCGGACCGGUGGCGUUCCAGAAACGGUUGAGGAAGCUUCUGACCAGAAUGUCUGUCCCGAGCCCCGGGAUACUAACUGCCUGGGAGUCUGUCUUCACUAGGUGGCGGACUCUCUGCAAGCACAUACUUUCCCAGGGUGUUGCUGUUACUGGUCGCUUGGAAGAUCGACUCCAUGCCGAAUGGCGGAAUUACUCCGGAUUCCUGGCAUCCAUCGGUGGGUGCUGUAUUGCCGACAUUCCCGCUCAUGUCCCUCCACACAUGCGAGUUAUCGACGCUACCAUGGUUGGCCUAAAAUGGAUCGACCGGAUUACGAGCGAUGGGGAUACCAUGUCGCUGCUGGAGCGGUUUAUGAAGCAGUGUCUGCAGUUGCUUGUUUGCAAGCUCGUUAGUGUCCGAGAAAACAUACGGGAGGUCCUUGGGACAGAACUCAAUCCUAGGCUCUAUCUACAACUCUUUCGGUCAUUGGAAACGGAACUUAACAUUGUGCUUGACCCGCUAAAGGACGCCGUCAGCGAGAGUCGGACAUUGUUCGCGGAGCAGGUUUGCUCAUUGCUGAAGACUAUUGUCGAGCGGCUGGAGGACGCACAAGACACAUUCCUCACUGUGGAUCUGGGAGCAAUGACCCUAAGUCUGGCUCGGUAUCUGCAUACCUUGAAGGAGGACUACACGACUCUCCGCAUCAAGAUCAGAAUGUGUAAUCUUGUCGAACUGGUAGCGCGGAAGAAGGAGAUCGUCAAUCUAAGGCAAGAUGUCCGCGUGCGAAACAGCCUGCUGCAGAUCUUGUCGGAGUGGAUGUCGAGGCCGUCCAAAGCCGAGACCGCGUAUAUUGGUCAAGGAUUCAGGCGAGACGAGUUCGUUCGUUUGCAGAGGGACCUUGACAGAGCAUGCUUACGAGCUCUGGUCAAUCUGUUGUAUCGCUUGCCGCUCCAGCCGCCCGAUUCCUCUCAUGAUGCCGAUGUGGUGGAUGCACGCUCUCAAAUGUUUUGCAGCUAUUUCACUUCGUUUCUCUCAUUGCUCGACUUUAGUCAACUCGAGGGUGACCGUCGCAAAGACCUCCAGACUGCAUCGUUAGCUAGGGAUGACGCUGCAUCGUUCCAGGAAUUGGCCAUUCAAGCUCUCUCCAACCUCCUGAGUGCGAACGUAGACGUUGGUCUGAAGUUUUCCCUGGAAAUCGGCUACCAUGAGUCCUUGGAGACCAGGACGGCUUUCAUGCAUGUCCUUACCAAUAUCUUGACUCAAGGAACCGAGUUUGGUGCACUUGGUGAUUCUGCCAUUGGAGAGAAGUACGAGAAGUUGAUCGAUCUACUUGUCAACGAUUUGAAGUUUGCACUGGCCUUGUGUGUAUGCUGCCCGAGCAGUGAAGUCGAUGAGCUCACGGUGGCGCUACUAAACAUCUUCGAUUCCCGCGGCUUGGGGUUGACUCUGCUGAAGGCACUCAUCGAACAAGAGGUUGCCAACACCGAGAGUGAAUCGGAGCUCCUCCGACGGAACUGCGUGGCCACCAAGAUGCUGUCCGUAUUCGCAAAAUGGAAGGGCUCGGACUAUCUUAAGAAAGUGCUGCAAGAGACGAUCAAACGGUUGAUCCUUUCGUCCGCCGUUUUGGAUCUUGAAUUGGAUCCUGCGCGAACAUCAUGCCCGGAAGUGUUGUAUGCAAAUGAGGAACAGCUGCGGGUUAUUGCGAAGAUAUUCAUCAGCGAGAUCACGAAGUCGGGACCCUUCCUUCCGGACUCGUUCCGCAGAAUUUGCCAUACCAUCAGCUCGUGCGUUGCCGACCGCUUUCCCGAGGCCAAAUACACUGCCGUGGGCGCUUUCAUCUUUCUUCGAUUCUUUUGCCCAGCUAUUGUCGCCCCGGAUUCUGAAGGCCUAGUCGAUCUAAUACCCACCAAAGAGAUGCGAAGAGGAUUGAUGUUGAUUGCGAAGAUCAUCCAAAAUCUGGCCAACAAUGUUCUCUUUGGCGCGAAAGAGGCGUAUAUGAUCCCACUCAACGACUUCCUGACUGGAAAUAUUUGCGAGGUCAUCACUUUCCUCCGCAAUAUCUCUAUCCCUCCAAAGGCCAACGAGGUUAUUCAACUUCAAGAAUCCUUCGAUUUCGGUAGCAGUGUGGCUUUGCAUCGAUUUCUGUACGAUCAUUGGGAGACUGUCCGCCACAAGCUUAUCUUCGAGGAGAAAGCCAGACGACAACGUCCAAAUGGAGACAAGUCCUUCAGCGAACUGCCUCCUUCCGAGCUCCAAAUUUCAAUCAAUAAGUUCUCGGCAUUGAUUUCGACCCUCGGUGCCCCACCGCUCGAUAUCUCUCUCGGGAGACCCCAGAUUACUGGGAGUGUUCAGCCAGCAUACUCACGGUAUCAGCACUUCAUGCUGAGGAACUCUGGCCGCAGUGUCGAAAGCAUUCUGUCGGCGAGGAUAGUGUACGACGGAGGUGAAACUAAGGACGGGAUGUCGGUGAUCUGCUUUGUCCAACGGAACAUCAACAUCGAGACAGUUGAUCCGGAUUUGCUAGCAUACUGCUACCUCAAGAUCGCAAGCCGAAUGUGGCACAAGCCUUUCGCUGUACUCGUCGAUGCGACGUGCUACAGUCUUAACAACGAACUACCAGAUGAAGUCUACAGGAAGAUCGAUUCCCUCAUGCCGCCAGAAAUGAUCAAGAAUUACUCCCGAUUAUACGUCUACAACAUGAAUAGUGCCUAUCGAAAGUUCAUGAGACGAGCAUUACGGCAUGCCGUGAAGGAUGAAAACAACCCUUGGCACCCUAGCCAAAUCGAAUUCAUCAUGUUGGGAAGUUUAGGGGAGCUGCAGCAACACUUCAAUCUAGGAAGUUUGCAUCUGCCAAGGGAAACGAUGAGCUUUUUGAGCGACUCGAGAUACGUCUUCCACAACAUCACUAGGCUGUCGAUGACCAAGGGAAAUACGGAGGUCAUCUUCAAGGUCGGCAGUCAGUACAUUCAGAUUACACCUGUCAAACGACAAGAGUUGUACCCAGGGUUUAGAAUCUUGGUCAACGUGAACGACAUCUUCAGACUUUCGGAUGUUGAAGAAGCAAAUGCGGCUUACCAUACCGACGAGGAAAAUGCAUUCGGAAUCAAAACCGAUGGUGGGAAGACCUCCUUCUACUUCUCGAGUCCGAAGAAGAAUGAUAUCCUCAAGACACUCAAGUCGUCGAAAGCCAAGUAUUCCAGCGAUAACAAGCCUUCCAAGCUUAGCGAAAGGACCAUUCGUCCGGAAGACGUUCCGGGUACGAUGCUCAACAUCUCAUUGAUGAAUAUGGCGAGCGUUGAUCCCGCUCUGCGUCUUGCCGCGUACAAUCUGCUGUGCGCCCUCUGCCAAGCAUUUCAGUUCAACCUUGACAGACAAUUUGUGAAUGCUAAAGGUUUGAGCAUACCCCCUGAUGCUGUGACACUCAUUGUCGGCGUGAGCGAAAAAUUAGCUGCUACGGAACCCCAGCUCACCUUUGACUUCCUCACCGAGUUCUUCAUUGGAUGGGAUAAGUCACAUCCUCGACAACGCCCUCUGAACAUUCUCUACAUGGCGCCAUGGCUUGCGAACCUUCACUCGCACGUUUUGAUGGGUGGCGAGGAUCCGGAACGAGGCCGUGAGAGACUGGCUGUCAUCGCACGAAAGAUCAUCGACAUAACCGUGAAAGAGCCUAAGCUUUACACAUCGUUUCAGCAGAACGCCUGGUUUAUCAUCGGGAAAGACGAAGGUCUUCUAGACGUUUUCCUGGAAGAAUUGAUCAAGGCUGCCAUGAACUUUGGGUUUGGGUCGGACGGUGCUGAAACCAUUGGGUCCAUCUGUUCGUCCUUCGAGACUCUCACGAUCCGCAGCAAGGUCAUCGCGAGGCUCCGGAAGGCUCUCAAUAAGUCGACACUUCGCGCAACACGCCAUCUUGUUGACAAUCACGCUUGGAAUGAGAUUUGCGUGCUGCUCAAGAUAUGCCUCGCGAUCUCCUUCGACAGCCGUAUCCAGGCGCAGAUGUUCUUGCCCGAGCUCUUCCAUGUCAUCACGAUGAUCGUCAACUGUGGCCAGUCCCCGGUCCGUGUGGCAGUUCAUAGCUUACUGGUGAAUACCGUUCACUCCAUAUCGACGUCUUUUCCGUUGGAGGAUUCGAACCUAGCACAAUUGAAACAGGUUCUAGUAUCUCUUAAUGAGCCGAAGAUGCGUCUGCUCUUCAGCUUGAACAGACCGACGUCGAGGGAUGCUACAGCGAUCCAAGAACAGCGGUCAGAGAAUUCCACGUCGACGUCGAUGGAACAGAUCACAAACUUGCUUCUCGACAUCAUCGCUGUUGCCGCGCCUACAAUGGACAUGGCGAACAUAUGGCGAGCACGAUGGAUGAGUUUGGUGGCGAGCACUGCCUUCCAAAGCAACCCGGCCAUCCAACCACGAGCGUUCGCAGUCAUGGGAUGUUUAGCGCGAGAGGAUGUUGAUGACGACUUGCUCUAUCAAGUGCUGGUGGUCCUGCGCAAUGCCCUGACUCGGUUCGUCGAAAACGGAGACAACGAGAUGCUGACUAGCAUCAUCACCAGUCUGACGAAGAUGAUGGACAACCUCUCGCCAACAUCUCGAUAUCUUCAUCAGUUGUUCUGGGUUGCAGUGUCAUUGGUCCGUCUAGGCUCUGGAAUGGUGUUCAAUUGCUCUGCAGGUCUCUUGGAAGCCACCCUUCGGACACUUGCCAAAUCCGGCGAAUUUAAGAACAACAAGUUAGGCCAUGUGCUCCUGCAGGGGAAAGCUUUGGUCGACGAGGCUGCUAUGGAUAUUGACGAGCUAUAUGGCAUCAAAUUCGACGUUGAUAACUUCCAUUUCGCAAUGGCUGCAACACUGACGAAGGGCCUCCAAAGUCCAUCCACAAAGCCGGCCGCCAUCAGUGCCCUUACAGCUUUCGUGGAAGUCGGCGCAGCAAACAUGCCGGAACUGCCACGCUGGACGAAGGAUACUCCCAUACCACCUUACCUGGCGAUGGUCGUAACACGCGCCUCGAACCCGAGCGACAUCAAGGAGCUUAUGUGGAUGGUUGGAUUGUCGAUCGACGAUUCGGAUAUCAACGUGUGGUCGAACAUCCCUCCGAUCGAGAUGAUGUCGGAGCGAAACCUGCUGUUGAAUGGUGUCCUGGCUAUCAUCGACUUCAAGACUUGCGAGGAGAUCAUACAGAAGCAUGCUCUAGUAUUCUUCACGCACAUGGCGCAGAGGCGGCCUGAAGUGCUAGUGUUGAUGUACGACCACUUGAUCGAUCACCUCGAGACCGUUCUCGGCACGUCUCACAACCCGGCGCUCCUGAAGGAAGCGAAUGCCCUGAUGUGCGCCGUCUCCAAGAACAACAUGUUCCCCCAGCGGAAGAAUAUGAAGGAGAAGUUGAACAUGUUCCUGGAUGAUUGUGGAUUGUCUGGAAUUUGGACUUCUACAUCGUUCAAAACGACGGUUGACAGAGAGAGCCGAUGCGCUGCUCUCACUGACAAACUGAUUGAUUUCAUCAUCAUGUAGUAGACAGCCAGGCACCCUUAACGACGACGAAUGUGUUCAUGAAUUGAUGUGAUGGUUGUACUGCUUGCUUGUGUAUCUUUUUGAAAUGUGUGUGUGCGCGGGGGGUGCGGGGGGAAGAUCUUGGGGUACCUACAUAUGGUUGUUCUGCUUUUUGCCAGGUUUGUGAAUCGUUUCUCUCCCUCCAUCUCUCCCUCUGUCCUUUCUUUUUGGAUAUCUUUUCUUCUGUGUUGUUUCUUAGCUAAGGAGUUUUUUCAUUUUCAUUUUCAUUUCCAUCGGCGGAAUGUAUCAUGCAUCUCGUAUAUUUAUGUACGAUGUUCUCUGUCUGCCUGCUUUGCCUGAAUUUCCUUUGCUCUUUUUCUUUCUAUAUCACUUUUCUUCAUGGGGCCGGUUUUCUCCGGUGGUGACGGCGGCGAGGGGCGUUGGAGGAUUUAGUUAGUCAGUGCUUCUCACCAUAACUCUUCGGUCGGCUCUCCUCUGC